ACUCUAGUUAUGAGUUGUUAUGAGUUUAAUUAUUUCCCAAAAUCCAAAAUGAAUGAAAGAAUUAUGACAAUGUACCUUAAUAUAUAAUCUGGAAGUUUCAAACCCAACCAUAAUAAAAAUGUCUUCUCAUUCAAGUAACAAGAUACUAUGUAAAGAUUAUCCUUCUGACUUUAUUUUGGAUAAAAACUUGGCCAAAGAAUAUUUUCGUCAGUUUGGCAAGCUGAAAAGGGUGAUUUUCAAGUCAAAAUCGAGAAUAUGCACAGUAGAAUAUCAAGAGGAAGAAGGUUUUCAAAAUGCUUUGAGAAAUGCAGGUGAAUAUAAAGGUACAAUAUUCAGCUUAACAGCGGCUCAUAAAUCACCAGAGAGAAAGAGGAAGAAAGGUGCAAAUCAUGAUGACCCAAUUUGGGUUGAUAAAGAAGAAGUCCAAGCAGAAUUGGAGGCAAUGUCUGGAGGAUCUUCCAGAAAUUAUAAUCUACCCACAGAUUCGACUAAUAUUCUGAAAGAAACCAAAAAUCUGGAGAGAUUACCAAAAAUGAAAAGAGUCUGGCAAAGUGAAGAUUUAGACAAUGUCAAGAAAAAAAUUAAGGUCCUUGAAAGUAAGAGUAUGGUGAUUUCCGCAGAACAAAUGGAUCUGGUCAAUUUGAUUUUAUCCCAAGCUCUCAAUGUGGAAGAUAAAUACAGAAUUUUGGAUGCAAGAGAUAAGUUAAUAAGGAUCAAAUUAAAAAAAAAAAUUCAUUUGAAGUCUUCGCCAACUAUUGGUACUUGUCCAGAUAUGUGCCCAGAAAAAGAACGCAUGAUGAGAGAGGCUCAACAUCAGGUAUCAUUAUAUGAGCAAGAAGAUAAUAGCAGGGCUAUGAAUCAAUGUAAGGCAGUCAAACAGUAUUCAAGAAGUUCAGCAGAUCAAGAGACACCACUACCACAUGAAUUACGACCAGUUCCUGUACUGCAAAUGACUAUGAAUUAUCUGUUGCACAAUAUAGUAGAUCUUUGUGAUACAGAUGAGGUAAAUUUAGCUGAAUGGUUCCAUUUCCUGUGGGAUCGAACUAGAGGAAUAAGAAAAGACAUAACUCAACAGGAAUUGUGCUGUCAAGGAUCUGUAGAAUUGGUUGAACAGUGUGCAAGAUUCCAUAUUCAUUGUUCAGCGAGAUUAGUAGCAGAGGAUCCUUCCGUUUUUGACCAAAAAAUCAACACUGAAAAUCUGACAAAAUGUCUGCAAACAUUGAAAUACAUGUAUCAUGAUCUGCUCUUGAAAGGAGAAAAUUGUCCCAAUGAAGCAGAGUUUCGAGCUUAUAUCAUAUUACUCAACAUCAGUGAUGGCAAUUUUAUGUGGGAGGUUCAACAGUUACGUGAAGAUGUCCAGAAGUCGGUAGAAGUAAAGUAUGCACUUGAAGUCUACUCUGCUAUAGAUAAAAAUAAUUAUGUAAAAUUCUUCAAACUUGUGUACUCUACAACAUAUCUGAAUGCUUGUAUUCUGAUGAGAUAUUUCACGCAAGUAAGAAUCGCAGCUAUUAAAACGCUUUUAAGAUGUUAUUUGCCAAGGUCUUCAAGAACUACUUACCCCUUAAUUGACCUCAAAAUUCUUCUUGCCUUUGAUGACGUACAAUCAACAAUGGAUUUCAUUCAAACAUAUGGCCUUUCAAUGAAUGAAGAAAAUACUCAUGUUAUUUUAGAAAAAAACUCAUUUGCCACACCAGAUUUUCCAUAUGUCUUGGACAGGUCACUCAUCGUAGUGGAAUCAAAAAGAUCAUUUUCUGUUGGGAGAAUAAUUUGUGGUAAAGGAUUACAACCAAAGAUAUAUGAAAAUCAUUCACCACAGAAUAGUUUUGAUCAAAACGGAUUCCUAGUUUGUAAAGAUAUUUUAGAAGAAUCAGAAUUAGAACAAGCAAAAUUGAAAUUACUGAUGGAACUCAAAGGAGAAAUAUUAUCUUCAGAUGAAGAUAGCACUAAAAUGAUUAUUCCUCGUCAAAAACCGAUCCCUUCUGGGUUAACCACGUCUAAUAUAUUUUCUAAAAACGAAAUUCCUUGUAAAGAUGUUAAUGUUUUUGAGCAACUUGUUGAGCCUGUUUCAACUUCAUUUAGAUCAAGCCAAAGUAUUUUUGUCAAUCAUCAACAGAACUAUAUCUCGUCCCAACUGCAACCUGAUCUUGCUGUUCGUAAGAAAGAUUUUCAAAUUCCUUUUCAUGAUUUAGAGGUUGAUCCGUCAAUAUCUACCAAUAUUUUUUCCAAACCAUCAGAAACUCUGAUGCCAACUAUUGCAGUUAGCCAGGUAAAUUCUGUAUGCAAUUUGAUCCCUUCAUCCGAAAAAAAAGCAAUAGAUGAGGCUUCACUCAUAACUUCUCAAACUGUACCUCAGAAAGUUGAUAUGUUCCAAGCAGCAUUUCCUAGGCCUGAAAGUUACAGGUCAAACAUGGUAAUUUCAUCAUCUCAUAAUGCAGUCAUUGAAUCUGUUGAAAUUCGAACAAAACCCAUGGAUCAAAAGAAACAGUUCGAAAAUGAAAGACAAAGGCUAGAAGUCAUCAAAAAAGAAGAAGAAAUGCAAUUGUUGAAGGCUAAAAGAAGGGAUGAAAAGUUGAGAGAACUAAAAAAGAGAAGACAAGAGGAGGAGCUUGAAGAAAGAAUGAAAAAACUACAGAGGGAGGAAGAAACCUUAAGAGAUGUGGAAAUAAUCAAGGAUGUUAAAGAUACUAUUGACUCAAUGAUUGAUCAAGUACAUAGGAAAUUAAGUAACGAGAGAAUGGUUGAAAUAAAAAAUAAUAUUAAGAGGAGAAUAGUCCUGAAAGUAUUCAAAUUGUGGCAUAAUAUCGUAUUGAAAAACAAAAGAACACGGAAGGUGAUGGAAUAUAGCCCAGUCUGGAUUAAUACAGAAUCUCUUGAGCAAUGUGCUGUAGGACUUCAUAUUCCAUCUCGAAAUUUAGCUCUUAGAUUCAUGGAACGGUACAAACAUGGCAAACCUUUGGAAAUCAGAAUGAUCGGAGAUGACACUGUGAGUAAAAUAAACAUUUUUGAAUUGACAUACUCUGCAUUAACAAAGCGAUUAUAUGAGGUAACUGGCAAGUUUCACAAAAGUAUAUUUUGGAAAGUUUCAGUAAGUAUUCCAAAUGAGCAAGAAAUAGAACAGGGGUUGGAGAGAAUGGAACAUGUGUUGAAUAGGGUUUUUCAGUGGAAACAACAGAAUGGUCGCACAUACGUUAUAGAACAAGUAAAACAAGAUCAUGUCGAAUCAAUGACAUACUGCAUUGAGAGACAAAAAGGCGAGGAUGUGAAUGUAUAUGAUGCAAACGGCUUUAUUUUUAUAGCAAAAGAUUUCAGCUAUGAUUUGCAGAGGAGAAUUUGUGAAAACCUGAAAGGUUUCGGCGUGCUUACUAAGAUACCAAUUGUAUUGAUUCUUCAAAAUUAUGAUAACACUGAACUCAAGCUGAAUGCAUUAAUUGAACAAAAAGCAGUGUCAGAGUGUAUUAUUCUCGUAGAAAAUAUAACACAAAGUAGUCUAUCUAAUGCAAUUGAAGAAGGACUAGUAUUUCUAGCAAAAAGAGUUGAAAAAUGUCCUCCUCUAGAACUGGAUACAUUUCAUAACUUUUUAUUGAGAAGUGUAUGUUCCGAAAUUUGGAUAAGAGCUGAAAGUUUUGCCAAAUGGAAUUCCCAAUAUAAAACGUGCUUGCAAAAUCCAAAUGUAGUGAUAAAAUUGUACAAUGAAGGUCUACAGAAAUUGAAAAAAAUUAUAUUGAAUGAGUCUCUCAAAGAAUAUGCAGUAUUUCCAAAAAUGUUCACAGAAUAUUUGAGUAGCGAUAUUCCAGAUUUUCUACCUUGUUCCUAUCAGUAUUUUCCUGAAUUCUGGAACUCUCGACGCUAUAAGAAAAAGUUGGAAAAUCUAUUUCUAGACUUGAGUUUGCCUCUUUGGCGGGAAACUUGGCCGUGUUAUGAUGAAGUAGAAUUAGAAAAAACUGUUCGAAAAUACUGUUGUGAGGUUUUUAGAGAUCAUGAGAAGGUAUUCUAUAAAGUUAUGAGUAUAUUUCUAGAAACAGUGGAUCCAGAAGUUAAUUUUAAGGAUAUCACAAAAGUACUUUGGACAGAUGUAAUUGGAGUAUUGGGAGUAGAAAAGAUUAACGAAGUUGAUACAAGUUUGAGAGACACCGAGUUUGAAAAUAAAUCUAUAUAUAAUCAAUUUAUCGUGGUUUAUGAUACGAGGGCCCUGAAUAGCUUUAACUCUAAUGAUUGGUUUUAUAUUCAAAAUCCAGUGAUAAAAUCUUUCAUCAACCAAGAGCUGAAAGAAGAUGAGAAUCAACUAACUGAGAAAAUCCAACCUAAUGAUCUUGAAACUCUAGAAGAAACAUUAAUUGUGACUGAAACUCGGUUGUCGAUGCUAAAGCCAAAUAAACUGAAGGUCAUGAAAGAUUUGGCAGACUUGAAUGCAUUAUUACUGGAUUUAGAGAACAGUAUGGAGAUUCAUAAAAAAAUUUCCUCAAAGUUAGACGAAAAUUUGAAAAGUGCUAUCGAAGAUAACUAAACAUUCCUUUUCCAUUUUUAUGAAAAUUCCUCAAAAUUGAAUGGCAAUUUGAUGAAAGCCAUUGAAGGUUACUGAACUGUUUCUCUUUUAUCUUCAAAUAUAAAAGUUGACAAUUAAUAUUUUUAUUAAAUUUGGGGUAGUAGUCCUAAACCCUCAUAUUUUUUUGAAUGCAUUAUUUAUAAGAACUAGAUUCGAUUCAAAAAUUUAAAGUUUCCAUAAAUAAAUAAGGUGUCCACUAUUUGAGUUAUGCACAAACAUAAAGUUUCCAGAGAAGCAUUAUUCUAUGGAAAUAUAGACAGCAUUGUAUUCUUGUUAUGCUACUGUAUUAUCGUAACGUGUAUCAUCUUGAGCAAUACCUACAUUAAAAAAAUACUUUGAGCUUUUUCAAUUCGAGACUAUUUGAUUGUUAGUGAAUUGAUUGACACACC